AUGGCGGAUAGAGCUGCUGCCGAAAGGGCUUGUAAGGACCCCAACCCCAUCAUCGACGGCAGGAAAGCCAACGUCAACCUGGCGUACCUGGGCGCCAAGCCGCGGAUAAUGCAGCCAGGUUUUGCCUUUGGCGUCCAGCAGCUUCAUCCAGCUCUCAUACAGAGGCCUUUUGGGAUACCUGCUCACUAUGUCUAUCCACAGGCUUUUGUGCAGCCCGGAGUGGUAAUUCCCCACGUCCAGCCCGCGGCAGCCGCUGCUUCCACAGCGCCUUUCAGAAGUUGUCUUCGUGAGAUAGUACCUUCUCACGGUCUCACUAACGGGCAUCGAACAACCCAAGGAAGAUGGCCGGCUAGUAAGAUGGCGGACAGGCACCAAAGUUAUUUUCUUCUCUGUCCUCUGGAUGAGUGGAACUAUGGAGCAAGUGAUGUGGAAACUGAAUCAUCUGAAAUUGGAUACAAGAGUUCUGUGGGAGACUAUAUGGAAAGCCUUGCUAAACUCAAGGUAGACAACAUCCUCCGCUCUCCCCUCAUCGACACAUGA